AUGGUUUUGUUGCCGCCGUGUACUGUUCAGCAGUGUGGGAAAGAUUUUCGGAACUCACUAAAGAAACCAAGCCCCAACUAUCCUUAUGGCCACAAGACGAAAAAACCGCGGGUGGUACCCGCAUUCACAAUCCAAGCAAUGCAAAAGAACACUGUAGUGAUUCCACCUCCAAAGUGCGGCGUAUAUGAUCCUCUUCCAUUGAAGCCGUCUAUGUUCAGAAAGUGCUACCAGCGAGGCGAGUUUCCCGUCGGUGUCGAGUUUACCAAUUGUGGCAAGAAACUGGCUUGGAAGGUGCCAAUAGAGAAGCUGGACUUCCAUCACUACCUCCCAAUGUUCUUUGACGGUCUGUCUGAAUUUGAUUACCCUUAUAACUUCAUUGUUGAGAAGGGUAUCAAUGAUCUAAUCAUCAAGGGUUCCUACAAAGUGCUGCCGGUGGUGCCACAGCUGAUCAUUCCUAUUAAAAAUGCGUUAGCGACAAAACAUCCGCACGUCCUCUGCCACGCGCUCAGGUGCAUCCAGAUGUUAGUGUCCGGAUGUGACCGUGUCGGUGAAGCCCUUGUGCCUUACUACAGACAGAUACUGCCUACGCUCAACCUUUUCAAGGAUAAAAACCGUAAUCUAGGCGCUGGCAUCGAUCACUCGGCGUCACGUGGUGAAAACGUUGCCGACCUCAUUGAAGAAACUUUGCAGAUGUUGGAGAGGUUUGGCGGGCCCGAUGCGUUCAUCAAUAUCAAAUACUUGAUACCGACAUACGAAUCUUGUGUACUCAACUAG